CGAGCGUUACAACAAAAUCGACAUAUCCUCAGGCAAAAGCAAUACCAUAGUCGCAACCAAAAGAUCCUUCAAGACCUACGUUUCAAAAGAGAGCCUCCGGGAAGCAAAAAGUGAAACAACAUGCCUCCUCGGUACAAGGACAAGCAACCUCUCAAGACGCUGGCCUCGGCUUCCAAAUCGUGUGCUACCCAAUCAUUAGCAUACGGCAAGUGUAUAGGCCGGUCGUACACUGAUGUCUCCAAGGGCAUGUGCGAAACGGAAUUUAAGGCUUUUAAGGAGUGUGUUCAAAACGCUGUUGGGAGAAAGUGGUAG